AUGAACCUGAUAAUUACCGAACAGCAUGGAUUCAUGAAGGGCAGAUCCAUAGUGUCGAACCUUGUAUGUAGCACCCAGUUUAUUGCCGAAAUGCUGGAUAGGAGGGGUCAGGUGGACGUCAUCUAUACUGACUUCUCUAAGGCAUUUGACAGGCUUGAUCACGGUAAACUGUUGUGUAAGCUCGAAGCUUGCGGUGUCAUUGCACUACAAGAAACGAAACAAUUAGGGGAACUGGUAAUGGAGAUAGGGGGCUAUAUAUUUAUAAAUAACGGGGGAAAGGAUAGACUACUGGGCACAGGGUUCCCAAUAAGGAAGGAACUAAAAGAGUUAGUAGUACAGUAUAAAUUAGUUUCAAAUAGGAUAUGCCUUUUAAGGCUUAGAGGAAAGUAUCAAAAAAUAACUUUUUUGAACAUACAUGCACCACAUGAAGAAGCGGAUCUAGGGAGCAAGGAAGAAUUCUAUAACGAAUUGGAUAGAUUAUACGAAGAGAUUCCAAAGUAUGAUAUGAAAAUUUUGUUGGGGGAUGCAAAUGCAAAAAUAGGUAGGGAGGAAAUGUAUAAACCCACAAUAGGAGAUCAUAGCAAACACGAAGUAACCAAUGAAAAUGGAAAAUUCUUAAUUGAUUUUGCAAAGGAAAAGAACCUGAUUAUAAAAAGUACAUACUUCCAAAGGAAAGAAAUAUACAAAGGAACAUGGAGAUCACCAGAUGGGAAAACAAUAAAUCAGAUAGACCACAUUGCAAUAGAAAAGCCGGAGGUAAAAUGCAUUAAAAAUAUAAGGACUUAUAGAGGUUUAGACGCAGAUACGGAUCACUUCAUGGUAGGAGCAAAACUAGAUCAACAGAUACCAGAAACUAGAAACCAGAGGAGGGAAAAAAUAAGAAAUAGAGUAGUUGUUAGGCCAGGAACCAGAGAGGAAAAAAUAGAAUAUGAAAGCAAUCUAAGUAGAGAAUUAAGUAGCAGUAAUAAUACUAAUGAAACGACAACUAUAGAAGAAAUGUGGGCAGGAAUAAAAACAAAAAUAGUAAGAGCAGGUGGAAAAUACAGGAAAAAAGUGAGGAAACAGGAAAAAGAAUGGUUUGAUAAUGAGUGUAAGGAGGAGCUAGAAACUAGAAGAAAAUUGAGACAAAAGAUGCUACAAGAAGGAACGGAGGAAGCAAAGAAUAAAUAUGAAGAGCAAAGAAGGAAAACUAAAAAGGUGCUAAGAAAUAAGAAAAGGAAAAAUUAUGAAACGGUAUUAGAACAAAUAGAAGAAAACUUAAGAAAUAACAAUAUUAGGAAUUUAUACCAAGGAGUGAAGAAUGAGAAAAGGGGGUAUCAACCAAGACCAGUAUUUUAUAAGGAUAAGAAUGGGAAGAUAGUGGCAGGAGAAAACGAAAUAUUGAACAGGUGGAAAGAAUAUUUUGAAGAAUUAUUAAAUGGAGAUGAAACCGAUGAUACGGAAAGAGAAGAAAAUAAUAGCAACAUAGAAGGAGACAAUAUGGUGCCAGCGCCAAGUAAAGAGGAAAUUAAAGAGAUACUGUCAAAAUUGAAAAAUAAUAAGAGUCCAGGAAGUGACAAAUUAACAGCCGAACUAUUUAAAUAUGGAGGACAUGAACUAGCAAACCAAUUACAGAAACUACUAGAAAGAUGUUGGGUAAAGGAAGAACUGCCAAAGGAAUGGACGGAAGCAGAAAUUUGCCCUAUUCAUAAAAAAGGGAAUAGAGGGGAAUGCCAAAACUACAAAGGAAUAGCAUUGCUGAAUGUAGCAUAUAAAAUACUGGCCACUUGUUUAAAAAACAGGUUGGUAAAGGAAGCGGAGGAUAAAAUUGGUGAAUAUCAGUGCGGGUUUAGACAAGGAAGAAAUUAUCAACAAGCUUAUGACAAAAUAGAAAGAAGUGAGCUAUAUAAGGUCUUAGAGGAAUUAGAAAUCAGCAAGAAGAUAAGGAACAUGGUACGCCUAACAUUGAAAAGACAGAGAAUAAAAGAUAACGAGGAGAAGGUCGUGUGUAAACGACUGGUAAAUUUCGAUACCAUAAAAGAUAUGGUAUUGGACACUUCCGCCACCCCUGCAUACGUGGCCUCAAGAAACAUCUUGAGGACCAAGGAGCACGAGGUGAUAACCGUUCGACAAACCAAGCUGUAUAAGCCUCUCUCCGUCAAGAGACGGUUCUUGAACGACCACACAACUUGUAUGUUACAAUUUAUACCAAAAAGCAAGUCUGAACCUGUAGAAAACAGGUCUGAACCAGUAGAAAACAAGUCUGGACAUGUAGAAAACAGGUUUGAACCUGUAGAAAACAAGUCUGGACAUGUAGAAAACAGGUUUGAACCUGUAGAAAACAAGUCUGGACCUGUAGGAAACAGGUCUGAACAACUAGAAAACAAGUCUGGACCUAUAGAAAACAUGUCUUAA